GUGUGUGUGUGUGUGUGUGUGUGUGAGUGAGUGAGUGAGUGAGUGAGUGAGUGAGUGUGUGUGUGAGCGAGAGCAACUGAGCGAGCUGCCGGGAGAGCGCGAGUAAGGGAGGGCGAGAGACACCGCCGGCAUCGAGGCUGGGAGGCACCAUGAGCGAUGUCACCAUCGUCAAAGAAGGCUGGGUGCAAAAAAGGGGAGAAUAUAUCAAGAACUGGAGACCACGCUACUUUCUGCUGAAAACGGACGGCUCGUUCAUAGGUUACAAAGAGAAGCCACAGGACGCAGACCUACCCUAUCCCCUUAAUAACUUUUCUGUUGCAAAAUGCCAACUGAUGAAGACAGAACGACCAAAGCCCAACACAUUCAUCAUCAGAUGUCUACAAUGGACCACCGUCAUCGAGAGGACCUUCCAUGUGGACACGCCAGAGGAAAGGGAUGAGUGGACGGAGGCGAUCCAGAUAGUAGCAGACAAACUCCAAAGACAGGAGGAGGAGAGGAUCCAAUGCAGUCCCACGUCUCAGAUAGACAACAUCGGAGAGCUGGAGGAGAUGGACACCUCUACCAGCCACCAUAAACGGAAGACGAUGAAUGACUUUGACUACUUAAAACUACUGGGAAAAGGCACUUUUGGUAAAGUGAUUCUAGUGAGAGAGAAGGCUAACGGGAAAUAUUAUGCAAUGAAGAUUUUGAAGAAAGAAGUAAUUAUUGCAAAGGAUGAAGUGGCACACACACUCACAGAGAGCAGAGUAUUAAAAAACACCAGGCAUCCUUUCCUAACUUCUUUGAAGUAUUCCUUCCAGACUAAAGACCGCCUGUGCUUUGUAAUGGAAUAUGUGAAUGGAGGAGAGCUGUUUUUCCAUUUGUCGAGAGAGCGGGUGUUCUCUGAGGACCGCACGCGCUUCUACGGCGCCGAAAUAGUCUCCGCUCUGGACUACCUGCACUCCGCCAAGAUUGUGUACCGGGAUCUCAAGCUGGAGAACCUAAUGCUAGACAAAGACGGACACGUCAAAAUCACAGACUUUGGGCUCUGCAAGGAAGGAAUCACAGAUGCUGCUACAAUGAAGACUUUCUGUGGAACGCCGGAGUACCUAGCUCCAGAGGUGCUGGAGGACAAUGACUACGGCAGGGCGGUGGACUGGUGGGGUCUGGGCGUGGUCAUGUACGAGAUGAUGUGCGGUCGACUGCCCUUCUACAACCAGGACCACGAGAAGCUGUUUGAGCUCAUCCUCAUGGAGGACAUCAAGUUCCCCCGCACGCUGUCGUCAGACGCCAAGUCACUGCUGUCAGGACUACUCAUAAAGGACCCCAACAAAAGACUUGGAGGAGGUCCAGAUGAUGCGAAAGAAAUCAUGCGACAUAGUUUCUUUGCUGGAAUCGACUGGCAAGAUGUUUAUGAUAAGAAGCUGAUACCGCCCUUCAAACCUCAGGUGUCGUCAGAGACAGAUACCAGGUAUUUUGACGAAGAAUUCACGGCACAGACAAUUACAAUAACUCCCCCUGAAAAAUUUGAUGAAGACGGGAUGGAUUGCAUGGACAACGAGCGCAGACCACACUUCCCGCAGUUCUCCUACUCGGCCAGUGGGAGAGAAUAAGCGCUGUAUCCAGACUGUACUGCGUCACCAUCACCACCAGUGGAAGGUUACAGUAUAAAACCAACCUAGCCUGAGCUAACCCCUCCUCUCUCCAUUUGGGUCAUUCCAUAGUGAGCAUGGAGAUCCAUCUCUGUACGUUUUAUGUGUCUGUUUUUUCAUGAGGAUUUUGCAUGUGUGGUCAGACAGAAGUUCAGCCCUGUUGGUAUUUCCCAACAGUUAAAGGUGCAUUUCUUAUGGUUGAUUUCUUAUAGAAUGCUCCUUUAAAGCCUUGAAACUGACUCAAGAGGGCAAACGGGUUUGUUGUGUUGUGUGGUGUGUCUUUAGUUCCCUUGGUCAUUGACUUCUAGCUGAGAUCCAGUACUAUCUACUGUAGGAGGUUGACAUUCCUGGUAGGGAGAGCUGCUGUCUUUAGCAUUCUCAUUUCACAUAGGACAGUAUACUAUAACUCGAUUCACAGGAGAUUCUCCACUUGUUUGCUGUGUCAUAAUCUGCAACGGUCCUUUUAACAGCUCUCAUUCUUCUCUUGAUGACAUUUGGGUUUACACGUUAUCGUUUGGUUAUCUAACAUCUGUGUUGCGUGUAUAGAAAUAAGUUAUACUGUAGGAUUAGAGAUUUUUGCUUUCAGAAGUCAAAAACUGCCAGAAAACGGUUCACUCAGGCUACACAGAGAUCAAUCUGUCUUCAACUCAGUAUAUAGGUCACCGGUACUGCUAGCUUUACUCUGCAGGUCAAGCUACAGGCGCUAACUAUACAAACCACCUCCACUACUUCUCAUGGACACUAUGACUGUAGUCUCAGAUAUUCUACUAACUGUUACGUAAUAUUAUUAUCACUUAUUUAAGGUGUGCAAAAGUAAAACGCUCCCGUCUCGUCUGCUAUUUGUUGAUAAGCUGUGAUUUUUACUUUCUCCUCUCUCCUGUGAAAUCAGUCAUUCGAAUAGUGUGAACGCUUUGGGAUGUUGCUCUGCCAAUGUUAUGUAUGAAUGGGAGUACAUUUUUGUGUACUGUGUGUAGAGGUUUUAAGAGAGCCUAAAGGCACAGCACUGUUGGCUGUAAACUCCUGUGAAUCCGAGCUGUGCGUUAGCUGUCAGAAAGCAAGGCUCACCUCAACCUGUCUAACAGUGAGGAUGAGAGGAAGAGCAUUCUAAGUGUGUGUGUGUUAGGGUCAGAAUUUCAUCCAAUUUUAUCUGGCUGAAGGUAGAUGCUUCCCACAACUGAAAUUAUGUAAAGCUUUAUUUCAGACAUAUCAUCGCUAGAAAAUAAAAGCAUUAAAAAACUCAAAUUUAUAAAUGUGAAUGAGAAAUGCAAAAUGGUGGCUGUUUACUGUCUAAUGAUCCUGUAAGGGGAGUGGCUAAUGGGGUUUGGGGGUGGGGCUAAACCUGUGAGAAGGCUGAAUGAAUUUGAAUUAUCUGACCAGGGGGACAUACUGUAUAACUAUGAUUCAAUAGGGACAAGUAAGAAGGAGGUAUUGGCAUUGUUUGAUUUGGACCACAGCAAUGGCUUCCGCUUUUAUUUAUUUGUUCUUUUUUUGUAUAACUGUUGUUGUUAUAUGAUUAGGAGUAAUGUCCAGUCUUUUGUUCUGGAUGAAAAAGGCACCUCGAAUAAUGGCUUAAGAAUGUAGAAGCAAAGCCUUCAUGUUGUCGUUUAGUUUUUGCUCUCAUUUUUAUGAUUUUUUGUUUGUUUUUGUUUGUUUGUUCUCUUACCAAAAUAUGAGGACAAUGAAGAAGACAGAGGUGAUAUAUAUAUAUAUAUAUAUAUAUUAGGUGGCAUAUUAAAUAGUUCUAUCAGUACUAAGGUAUUAUUAUUCAACAUUUUCCAUAAGACUUUUACAUUUCAGGGGCAUCUAACCUUGGAUGUGGUAUUAAACCUUUAAGUUCUCUUCUCCACAUGCAGUAUAUAAGGGCUGUAUAAGCUUCAACUCCCUUUCCAACUGGUAUGAAGCUACUGUUGUCUUCUAGCAUCUGAGCAUUCCUGUACUACAUGUAAAUACAUGAGAAUGGCACAGAACAAGCUUCCUGUAUUUGACUACAUUUUAAUUGCUUAAUAACACACUGCACAUUUAGGCCUUUUUCUUUACCUCUGCUUUCUAGAACAAGAAACAUAAGACAUUGGAAUGAAUAAUUUAAGCAUUUACAAAGGGAAUAUAUUCAUUGGCUGUAAGGUUUUAAAGUCAAGAGAUUUUAAGAAUAGGAGUAGAUGGAGAAUAGCUAUAAAGCUUACUGAAGGAAGUAAUGAGUAUUAUAGAUUCGGUGACCAAUGUUCCCAGGGUAGAUACACUGUAGACUGUUUGUUUGGUAAUGAGUAUUAUAGACUCGGUGACCAAUGUUCCCAGGGUAGAUACACUGUAGACUGUUUGUUUGGUAAUGAGUAUUAUAGACUCGGUGACCAAUGUUCCCAGGGUAUAUACACUGUAGACUGUUUGUUUGGUAAUGAGUAUUAUAGACUCGGUGACCAAUGUUCCAAGGGUAUAUACACUGUAGACUCUGUGUCUGGUCACACUGUAUAAUGAACUUACUGUUGUGGCUGACUACUUUGGGAUCUUGUAACAGCCUUCAAUGCUACUUACAAUGUAGUUUCCUUAACAUUAUGGUGUUGUAUUACCAUAACUGAUAGUCAAUGACCAAUCAUUUUUGGGGGUCAUAAUUUUAUUGCAGUGUACCACAGUCAGCAUAGGAAUCUUCAAGUGAUAGUCAAGUCAGCCACCUACUCUGUGCUGACUGGCAUCAUUUGAUUUAUUAUAAAAGUGUACAACAUUCAGUAACUUUAGCUCUGUGGAUGAAGAGCCAUAGCAUUCAAUGGUACAUAACACACCAUUCUGUAUAACUAUAUAUAUUUUUGCAAUUUUAAAGCCAUUUUCCUUCAAUUCUACACAUUCUGCCAUGUCU